UAACCAAACAGAUGAGAAUAUUAAGGUAGCUGGAAAUCCUUUUAAGCUUUGGCUCAUUUAACACUCGAAAAGCGACCGGUAGUCAUUUUGGUGUUAUCAAUUCUAGUUAGUGUAAAUUUAAAAACAGAUCAAUCAGAUUAUCCCUUUACUCCAAAAUGAAAGCGGUACGUUUGUGAAGGAAAACUGUAAAUACAUACAGUCGUUUAAAAAAGCGGGUAACUUUCUUGUAACCUUAAAUUGAAGCAAUUUCCACUUGGAAACCGGGUCACUUCUUAGACCGACCUUUACUUUUCUUAAACUUCGAUCAAUGGUGGAUAGCAACUGUCAAAAACACUUCAAUGUGUUAUCCGUAUUCGACAUUCAAACCAUGGAACCGGAAGUAUAAAGUACAAAGUACAAAGCCAAGAUCUUUUAAGGGACUUUCCCUACGUCUUUGGUUUCGAGGCUCAGCUUCCACGCAAAUAUUAGUUCAACUCUCUGAUGCAACAAAAUCAUUUUGUUGUAUUGACGGGCAAGAAAGUCGUUGCUUUCAAGCUUACUUAUAGAACCCUCUUUGCGACAAGUUCUUCUGUCGAGGAGAAUGAUCAAAACAUUGGCUUCCAUAUAAAUCAGCACACAAUCGAAGCACUGCAUGAAUAUUUAAACAGGAGUAAACAACUCCAAGUCCUCGAGGAAAUAUCACUGAGAAACGUCUGGAGUCUGGUUUAACCCAGACGCAUAUUGUAACUGAAUCAAAUAAGUUCAAGCCAUACAUACAAGGGAAAAGUCAAAGAGGUUUUACCUCGAUAUUGACGCCAACAACGUACUAGGAAAUUCUGAUAGGAAUGAAUUGUACACAUAACCCCGCUGAUGAUUUUUCAAAACAGCUCACAGAACGUGGACGGCCAUCAUGUCACGAUGUUGAGGGCUUGUUAUUCAGUUUUCCUCCAAAAGAUUCAGCCUCCUUGAUCUCUCAAGCUAAAGUUGACAUCGACCGAAAUACUAUGAACUUAACACUCGCAAAAUGCAGCGUCGUUGUAGUCGGCCAGUCGAACACAGAACAAGUAAGCCGUAGCUUUUGCUGCAACGACGGCGGGCUUCAAUGUGAUAGCAGCCCGAAGGAAGGCAACUGUGGCGAGACACAAAGGGGUAAAACUGAGAGCCCAGUACAAGCGUUCGAUGAUUUACAAGGCUGCAAAGUUCUAACCUCAGUUCACGACAUCGAGCCGCAGUUGCCAAUUAUAAAAAGAACAGGGUAUCUCAAAGGAGAACAAUGCGAGCAAAUCAUGAAGCACCUUGUAGGUUUACAAGACAAUGGACGGUUUGAGGAACACGAUCGUUUGGUUACUCCAUUCAUGAUACAUUUUAAGCGGGAAGGCAACAUUGACAUGCAAAUGGCAAUGAUGAUAGAACGCGCAGUGGCUUUUUCUUACCAGAAAAAAUUCUUAAAGAAAAGCAAGCAGCUGUUCUCUUUGGCGAUAAAACUUGGCUCUACCUCCAAGCUUCGCAAUCCAAAUGUUUUAUUAGCGCGAGCCUACUAUGGGUUCGUGCAGGCCUGUAGAUAUAAAAAUAGCAAAAAACUUCCGCUUCUCCUCGAGUGUCUCGAAAGAGGCGAAUCCUUGCUGCAAAACCACGAGUCUCCGGAGGAUUUGGCUGAGAUUUAUUACAACUAUGGUUCAGUUUAUUUGAUGCAUAUGAGUACGAUUCCAGAUGACGAGAGAAAUGCGGAAGCACGAAACAAAUACAAGAGGAUGGUAAAAAAAUACUUCGAAAACACAAUUGAAGCGGGCAAGAAGGAUCCCAGAGAGAGAGUGCGAGUUAAGAAGCAAAUAUAUGGGCACCUUCGAGUAGCAACUCUUUUACUCGAUUGUACAUCAACUGUGGCACGAAAACGAAUAAAAGUCAUUCCCCCGCAAGAUAUUGCAGAGGCAGUAAAACAUCUCGAUAUUUUGGAGCACCAACUAGCUGAUGUUAUUCCUCGAGGAACGCGAGUGCAGAUUUUGAAAACCCGCUCUGAUCAGUAUUAUCGACAGGGAAGGGCAAUGUACCCACUAGCCAAGAAAACCGCCGAAGAGGCAUUGGAAAUUGCUCAGCAUCAUGAAUUCACCACUGAGCUGUCUUCGCUUGAAGAGCGUAUCGAUUUCCUUGACCAGCUGUGUCACGAUAUUCCACACAGAGAAAAUGUAAAGUCUCCUUUUGGCAACGAGUCUGAAGCCUCCAGCAAUGAUGACAGCGGUGAAACAAGCGCCAGUGAAACGGAACAGAAAUGUUCAAGUAGAAAAGACUAACCUUAUGUCAAGGCGAAAGGUGGUUUCUGGAUUUAUUAUUCUUUUAAAUUUGUCAUGAAAGCUCUAAUUCAGUCGUAGAAGAGUUAUAAGAAAUGUGCCUCUUAUCUCAUUUAAUACAUUGCCAAACUUUUUCUUUAUCUCUCUCGACGGAUCCAUGAACUUUAAUUUCUGAGAAAUGACGCCAUAGCUUUUCUUCUAAACACCAGUUAUUCAGAAGUGUGUAAUUUGCAAACGGGAAGAACUAUGUUAUUGUUUUAUGAUUUAAGAUGUGACACAAUUGAUCUACUUAACUAAAAAAAAGUGAAUAUCACGCGCUUUGCACAUGAUUAACUUUCACGAUUUGAAAAGCGUAGGAUAGAAUGCUUGUAUAAAGUUAUUUAAAUAUUUUGC